AUGGCCGACAAAAUAUUCGUUGACUGUGUUGCGACAAGUGAAGUCAGUAUCCCUUUGACAUUGGAUCCAUCAAAACUUUGGAGUCGAGAAUUAAUUCAGCAGGAGCUUGAUCAUGUGGUCGAAGAGCUUGAGAAAAUUGCAGUCGUUCAUCUCCUUCAGCAUAGAUCAAUAAUCUCUCUCGUUGGGAAUGUACAGCGGUCUUCCUUGAUACUAGAAAAGGCAUUCAAUGUUCUUCGGAAGAACGGAGUGAAUGUCCAGAUGAUAUCUCAGGGAGCAUCUAAGGUAAACAUUUCCUUGAUAGUCAAUGAUGAUGAGGCAAAGCAGUGUGUCAAGGCUCUGCAUUCAGCGUUCUUUGAGAAUGGUUUCCUUUCAGAAGUUGGAGAAGCAGAAUUUUCGGGUAACGGUACCACAAUUCCCUCCAACGUCUCUGUGAUGUAAUCACAAUCAAUUCGCAACAGGUGACAACAACCAAUGCCUUAUCUCCCUUCAAAGGGUUGGUUGAUUUGCUUAGGUUAAUCUAUUUGAUUCUUUCCCACAAGAUGUGGGUUGCACGCCACGCCUUUGUUGAAUAGACCUUUUUUCUUGGUUGUAAGCCAUGCCACAAGAUGCAGCUUUAGGUACGCCAAAUUGCAAUUUUGUUCAUUGGAAUCAAACCCGAUUCUGAUUAUAUGCUUUUCGAGAUUUAUUUA